GAAAACUUAAAAACAAGUGAAAUAUAGGGCAAAACAACAUAAAAACAGGCGAAAUUACUUAUAUUUGGCAUAAUUGCGGAAAUAUUUGCUAUGCUGACUUUUGCUUCGACGUUUAAUUCUUUCUCUCGGAAAAUCAGUACGACAAUGGUUUGACGAUAGGCAAUUCAGUUUAUUACUAGACCAACUAUAGGGCUUUGGUUAUCAAUAGGAAAGAAUACUAUUUGAAAUUCUUUUUCGAUUCAGUUAAAUACAUAGUCCAAUAGGAAAUGGUAAAUAUUAGGAAGCUAACAGGGAAAAUAAUUAGCGAUAGCUGAUCCAAUCGGCCUCGUUGCGAACCGGCGUACAUUAGUGCCACAUCAGCGACAUUGCGAAACCUGUUGAGUAGUUACACAAAUCAUUAGGAAAAUUAUUCAAACGUAUUUGUUGCUAGAAUAGACCUUUUUCUCGUCAUGACGGACGACACCUUCUGCGCAUUUUGUACCGUGUCCUGAAUAUUGCUUAGAGAAGCAGACGAAGGCUUGCUGUGCUCCUGUGGCUGUAUUUUGUUACUUCCAGCCAUCUUAAGCGUGGAAUGUUCGAGACCAUUUUCACGCUGAAACGAAACCGAGUUUAUCUUUGGGGUUGCGUACCACAAUUCAUUGUCAGUGCAGGUUGUUUGAGGUUAGGGCCAAAGAAGGCAAUACUUACGGAAGUGUCCAGUGUGCUUUGUGCCAUCGUUACCGCGGACUGUAAAGUGAUGGAUGGAGGAACAGAUGAGGCGUGUUGUGCCUUUGCAACGCGCCAGUGCUUGUCGUAUCGUAUGCCGAAGAGCACGAUGAAGUACUCCAUUAGUGCGAAGAACACAAACAGCGUACAGGAUAUGAGCCACACCUAGGAUGAUGAAAUGUAAUAUCGAAUCGCGAUGUUCAAAAAUAGAAAUAGCGGUUCAGUUCGUCUUCCUACCUCAAGGCACUUGAGCUCCAACGCAUCCGCUGCCUGAUAUACAGAUCCGGAACCCAUAUCAUGUCUCGGUCGGCCUUCGUUAGCUCUACGUAUUCACCGACCAUACUCGCCAUGACCGGCUGCACGCGCAGAUCCUCCCAGGUGAUUUGCAGGAAGACAUCGAAGGAUAUUUCCUGCAAAUGAAGACGAUGAAAAUGACACCGAUUUGGUAAUUGAUUAUCUGAGCGAAGAUCAGUUUCCUACCGCAAAAUGCGUGGAACCGACGGCCAGAUUGCAAACCAUUGAAAUCUGUAGCGAUUUGAAAACGGGCGGUGAAAACGUCAUCGUCGGCUCUGGAGGCAUAAACGAUAGCAACAACAGCAGCAGUGAUACGGCCACAAAUAACCACAGCAACAUGGUGCCAAUCAUUAGUGUUACCCCGCACAGUCCGGGGGCCAAGUUUAAUUUUCUCGAGGACACUCUGAGCCAACUGCAAUGUCUCCGGGAGAGUGUAGCACACAUGAAGAAUUCUACGCUACAAGGAGCUGCUACGGGCGGAAUCGGAGCCCUGGGGGCAACGGUUUCCUCCUCAAAGCUAUUCUCAUCCUGCCCUUCUCUUCCUGACCUAACUAUAUCAAACCCAAUCAACGUUUGGCCCCAUCAUCACGUGCUGUACGGGUUAAACAAUGAUCGAAGAAAAUCCUGGACGGCAAUCGAGGAUCUGACCGAGUGCACAAAAUCAUCACAUAAAAGCGUUAGCUUGUCCAGUUUGGACAGUGAAGAGCAGGAAUCGCUUCGAGCUGCGGAACGUUUGCACAAUCGCACCAGCAGGAACAGCACCGGCGGAAUUUCCACCCAUUCUCUAAAUGAGGCCGAAUUAGCGAGGGAUUUUGAAAAAGUGGUUGCGAAGCGUAAUCUCGUGCCAGUGGUUCCGAGAAUACCUCUUCAGAAAAGUAUAUCCACACCAUCAAUAGCGCCAGUGCGAAAUCAAACUGCCAAGGAAGACAACAUCGCAUCCGAGGAGUACACGGAACAUCAUGAAAAGCGCAGAAAACGAGGCUCCUUGUUUUUCCGCAAGAAAAAGGAUAAAGCCAAAACAAAAGGACAAUCUUCUGCAUGCGAUGCGUGCGGAGCUACAAUAAAUCUGGCCACAUACAAAGAGCAUGCAGUAGAGUGUAAAGCCAAAAUAGCGAAGAAAUAUUUUCAAGCACAGCCGAAACCUAGCUCCAACAAGAAGGGCUCCGCCAACAGCCACAAUUCCUCGCAACACGAUGAUCAGGGUAGAGACUAUUAUGAUGGCAACGUGCAUAAUGAUAACGCUAACUACCCGGACGAUGUUCCACUGAUAAGGGAUGAGUUUCUGCACGAAGCCCCCAUCGGCCCACAUGAUCUUGGUGCCGAUCCCAUCCUUGGUGUUGCGAUCGAUGAGCAUGACUCGUGGAGCCCCAGCGUCCCCAAAGAGGUAGUGAAAGCAUUGAAGGAUAAGCAGGUUAAACGGCAAGAGCAUAUAUACGAGUUUAUCAUGACUGAGAAACAUCACGUUCAAACGUUACUAGUCAUGCAGAAGGUGUUUGUAGAGAGUCUGCAGAAGCACUUCAGUCACCUCAACCUGGAACGCAUGUUUCCCCGCCUAGUGGAGCUGACUGAGCUACAUACGGGGUUUUUGCGAAAGCUGCGGUUGAAGCAGCGUGAGCACCACGUCGUCGACAGCAUCGCGGACAUAUUGGUGGACUUUUUCUCCUCAAUGUCGGCCCAAAAGCUAAAGAACGCCUACGGGGAGUUCUGCUCGAACCAUCGCUCGGCGCUCGACACAUUCAAGUGUUACAUGACCGGCGAUAACAUCUUCGCCGAGUGGUACAAGCACUGUCAGCAGAACCCACUGCUGAAGAAGAAGGGCAUUCCGGAGUGUAUCUUGUUCGUGACGCAGCGUCUCACCAAGUAUCCGCUGCUUAUUGAUCCACUGUUAAAAAGUUCACGGGAGGACAAGAUCGAGCAAGAGAAACUGCAGAAAGCCAUGUCGCUGGUGAAGGAAAUAUUGGUCGAUGUGGACGCACGGGUGGCCGACAAGGAGAAGGAGGAUCGUCAAUUAGAAAUCUUCAAACGUAUCGAUGCAAAGUCCUGUGCUAUAUUUAAAAAGGAUAAAUUCAAGAAAUCUGACAUCAUAUCAUGCAAUCGUAAACUAAGAUUCGAAGGUGUGGCCACCCUCAUGCAAGGUAGAUCCAAAAUGCAAACCGUACUGGUGGUUGUUCUGUCGGAUUGUUUGUUUUUCCUGUUGGAAAAUUCGCAUAAAUAUUCUUUCUUCACUCCGGAGAAUAAGGCGGGUGUUGUGUCACUGCAGAAGCUGUUGAUACGCGAAAAGGCCGGAACAGAAUCCAGAGGAAUCUACAUUAUCUCCUCCAACCCGGCGUAUCCGGAAAUGUACGAGCUUAAAGUGCAGAAUCCCAAGGAUAAGAACGUCUGGAUUCAGUCGAUACGCGCUGCUGUUAUCGAUUGUCCAUCGGAUGAGUCUGAAACCGAAGACUACAUGAGUAUGGAGCAUAGGCAGAAGAUGAUAGACCUAAAGCAGGCGAAUAUUCGUGAGAUAAUAUGUAAAAUGCGCCAAAAGGAUUUCGAACAGGCGAUACUGCUGGAGGAAAAAAUUGCACUGCAACUGAGCUUGUUGCUGGAUAACGAGCAAAAUGCGGAGCAGCUCGGUCCCGCCGUCGAGUCCUUCAUUUCAAACUACGGAUCCUAUCGGGAUCUCAUCUCCGACGACUGUGAUACUAUAGAAAUAUGGAAACGGGUGUUGAACUCCAUUCAAGAAAUUAGCUCUCUGGCAUCAUCACUGUACACGGCCGCCACGGGAUUGCCCCUAUCCCGGUCUAGCAGCUCCGUUGGCGAACGCCAGAGUGAACUCUUCAUCUCACCGACACUUCCGAAGCGAGCCGAAACCUUCGGCGGGUUUGACGAACGGCGCAACAAGCAACUCCUCGCUAGCGGCGUAGGAGGAGGUGGCGGUGGGAUUGGUGGGGCUACGUUGAUGACUACUGCUCACUCGCGAGAUGCCGUGCUUUCGACGCUUUCAGCCGGAUAUUUCACUAACCGUGAAACGUACGAAAAACGGGGCGAACAUCACACGAACGUCGUUCACCCGUCUCCGGCUGAUCUCGAGGCGGCGCUUAUGCUGGCCAAUCCACACCACGGUGGGCCAAAAGUUCUGGCUGGUGCUGGAACGGGUACCGGCGGCACGGGAGGAAGAGGAUCGGAAGGCAGCAUCAUCACAUCCGAUUUAGCCAAAGAUCAGAACUAUGCAGCACUGCACGUCUCGCACCAUUUGCACACCCUGCUCUGCAUUAUAUCGCAGCAAAUGACAACCAUUCAAAGUCUGCAGCAUCAGCUGAACAGCUUUCGCGAGAACCCUAAAACGCUGUAUCGUCACAACGAUCAGCUGGAGGAGCUGCGCAAUCUGCAGGACAAGUUGCAGGAGGAGAAGACCGCUUGGCAGAAGCAGAAGGAGCAGGAAGAGCGUGAGCUUGAAGAAACCAAAAAGUCUCAGAAGGCACUGCAGGAACAAAUACGGGCCGAACAGGAAGAUAUCAAGCAGCAGCGUGAGCAACUUUACCGCAAGAUGGAGAUUUUGUCCAGUCAAGGAUUGUUGCUCUCACCAAGCGUUGCACUGCCGAUACCGACCGGGAUGGUUUCGUCGAUGGAGGAUACUCAAAGCGUCAGUGAAGAGCACCACGUAGACAGUGCGUUUGGGGGAGGUGUGGGGGCAUCAAUGAUUGGAUCUUCGGUUACGAUUGAUCGGAAGAAGGACAAGUGGCGAACAGCGAGCAUAACCAAAACACCACCGGCAAACCUAGUGAGUGCAACGAAUGCGGCCAAAAUUAAUGCCACUAGCAUAAAGCAGCAGCUUCCGCUUAAGUUGUCAUCAUUGUCAAGCUCGAAGCCAGCGUCCACACAAAGCAAUUCCGUGAUGUCACCUAACAACGGAAAUCUUGUACAUGCCACUACUGGUGGUGCUGGGGUAACACAAAUGUUUCCUCUAAAGCUUGCUGACAAGAAGAUCUCCUCCAGUACGCCAAAUCAUUCACGAACUGGCAGUAGCCCUGCAGUAAUACAACAGCAAAUACAAGUACAAUCUGGCAAUCCCGCAACAAGAACAAAUACCUACCCUAAAAUCCCGGAGCGGUUCCGGCUGAGAAGCACCGACAACUAUCCUUCUCCAUCGAGUACCGGUUCCAAUUCACCCGCGCCCCCCUCACCGUAUCAGUAUUCUCCGUCAACGCCACAAUCCAUGGGAUCGGCGUCGACGCCUCCCUUGGUGCCCAGUAGAAACUCGGCCCCGCAGGAACACGGCGCCUUACACACGUCGUCUCCGAUUACCUCCCGGCACUCGAGCCUGCAAUCGUCUCCGAAGCCGGCCGAAGGCAGUGGCAGCAAUAAUAACAAGCCCAAAGAAGAAGAGGUCAUGUACUUUUGAUACACAACGCCGGUAGAGGUGGAGAUAUAAGGAGACAGCGAUGUGAAUGAACUGCCGGCCCCGGGAACGUCGUUUAAUUCCUCUUUGUAUCUUCUUAUGCGUGAGUAGCCUUUUCAUCCUUCUUUACUGUUAUUCCGAAUUCAAUUCAAGGGCAUACGAUCUUUCAACAAAGAUCGAAACAGAGUCGGGAGCGGCAUAGAAUGAUGGAAGAAUUUUCAAAAGAUUAUGAUGUUUAUCACACGAGUAACGGUACUUAAUUCUUAAAUUAUGGCCUAUAGAAGUAUUUUAUGUGAAGUUUAGAAACAACAAGCUAGGUAUGGAUGUUCGAUUAAUGUCAAAUAGAUGUGCUAAACAGGUGUAAUGCAUCCUUGCGAUAUAAAAUGUUGUUGGCAAAUGUUUGACGAUGGUUGUAACGAAAGGAACAAUGGUGAUACAAGGAUGAUACUGAUGCACGUUUAACGCAUAUUCUAUGUAUUUUAUAGGCAAGUUAUGCAUUCAUAUUGAUAUUUACCGCGUUAAUUCAUCUAACCUUUAAAUCAGUUGCAUAUUACUACGCGCCCUUCCUGCGACGGGACAGAUCGCUUAUAAGCGACAGACGUCAAAAACUGUUACAUUUCGCUGCGCUGAUUCAAUUUUCAAACGAAUCGUUUUUCUUCGUUAACGUUGAAUUUUAAUACUGCCUUUUAUGCAUUUUUAACGAAAUAUUUUUCCUACGACACACUACCUAAGCACAACUACUUAUGAAUAAUUAAACUAAUGUUGGUUUACUGAUACUGUGAUGAAGUUUUUCGCUCGGUUUGUCGAAGUGGGACCAAUCGUACUGCUUCGAAUGAAAUCGAAUUCUCUCUCUGAUACGAACUAUAUCUUUCAUUUUUCGUCCACAAUAGCCGGUGUAGAUUUGAACUUUGUAUUUAAACGCGUGACACUGUAAGACUGUACUAAAAAUAGAGCAAACAAUGCAGAUUGUAUUUAGAGUAUGAUUGUUAGCUACAGAGAAGUAAAAGUUUUGUUCACAGUACUAUGCAAAACAAAUGGGAAUAGUAGGCCAAGCAGUGUAGUAGAGCUCUGUUUAUAAUGAAUGCUGUUACGGAAUGGAAACAAACUCAAUGACACUUGUGGACAAUACGGCAAAGUAAUAUCAUACCUUCCCUAUUUACUUUCCCGAAGAAGAGAACCGAUCCUGUUAAAUGUAUCACCAGUAUUUUAUGUGAUGAAAAAAACACUACAGAAAAGUUUGCUUCACCUUUAAACCAGUUUGUCAUAAGCACAGUCGUUUUCGCUGCAAUUCACUUCUUCCGUUGCAGCUCUGCGAGCAAAACCGUCAACAUGGUGUGCGAUUCAAAUGUCAGUUGUGUAAAAGAAACCUGUUAGUGAAGAAAUGCGAAAGCAAAUCCCUCAAAACUAAAAUGCUCUGUUUAGCUAACUUCUUGACAAUACAAUACAAGUAAAAUGAGUUUUUAAAUGAAUAAUAUUAACAAUGAAACAAUGUUAUGAAUACAAAAAAAAAACAAACAAUCAUAAAUAACAUUACGAGAACAAAAUCCAGUUUAGCACAAAUGUGUAGAGAGUUUGUGGUGGAUAGAAUAAGGGAAGGAUCGGUAACUGUCAAGAAACUAUACAAAACACAUUUACUGCAGAUAUGAAACCGACAGGACUGACCAGCGAAGUCCUCACUUAAUUCACCUUUACGUGAAACACGAAUGUGCAUGCCUGUGUAAAACUGCGUAAAUAAUCCGUGGCAGGAUAACAGAACAAAGUACCACUCUUAUAUACACCAUAGAUACGUGUAGAUUAUCAGAGACUUAUUUAGUGUCGAGGAGAUAAAGCUCUAUUUUUAUUGAACUAAAUACAUAUAAAUAUAUAUUAGCAUAUGUAUAUAUUUACGUAUAUAUAUGUAUGGGGCUGUAUAUAUAUAAAUAUAUAUGUGGCUGUAUAUAUAAUUAACAGACUAUAAUAUGAAAAAGACUAUAAACUGCUCAAUCACUUUACAUAAUAUUGAUAGCAAGUAACAUGUAACUGCAUUUCGCCAAGAUUGUUAACAUUCCUUCCUAUAUAUGACCUUCUUUCCUUGUGUAGUAUAUUACUACUUCAUACAAUGAAACACUUCUUUUAUCAUAUCGAUCUACAGAUGAAAAUCAGUAAUGGAAAAUAAUCAGUUUUAUUAUAGAUGCCUUACAUGUACAUGUUAUGUGUCUCGAAACAGCGGUGUAUCUUAGGUUCCGUCUGCAAUCAGUAUGAUAAUAAAUCCUGUAUAUGCUGUGUAACAGAUCAUUUUCCUUUAUAUGCAGUGGAUAAAUGCUGCGGUUUAGAUGAUAAACAUUCCGUAAAAUAGACUUUAUCUUUUUUAUCACUACACAAAUGGAAGAGUAAAAGAUUGUUUUAAAAAUUCGCGCGUCAUGUGUACCUAUCAACUCUCGAGAAAACAAUGUUGUGGAUUUUGCCCCUUUCAUACAAGACGGUAGUAUUUCAACGAAUCUGUUUUUUAUAUACCAUGGCAGUAGUAAAAUGUUUUAAAAAAUAAAAGAGAAAGCUAAACGUA